UCCGCUGCCGUCCGCAGCGCCUGUCCGCACCGCGAGUCCGCGGGGAUCCCAGCACUCAGGACUAUUGCCAAAACCAUGGCAACAUCUCCUGCUGCGGCUUUUGAGACUCUCAUGAAUGGAGUGAAGAGCUGGGACCUCCCCAGAGGGCCCAUUCCCAGUGAGCUCCUUCUUACUGGGGAGGCUGCCUUCCCCGUGAUGGUGAAUGACAAGGGCCAGGUGCUUAUUGCUGCGUCCUCCUAUGGCCGGGGCCGCCUGGUGGUUGUCUCCCACGAGGGCUACCUGUGUCAUUCUGGAUUGGCUCCCUUUCUUCUUAAUGCCGUAGGCUGGCUCCGGCCUUCUCCGGGAGCCCCUGUAACAGUGCAUCCGUCCCUGGCAUCACUAGCAAGCCUUUUGCAGGCCUCUGGCAUCGAGACACAAAUUGGGCCACAACCCGGAGAGCCCUUAGGAGUUUACUGCACCAAUGCCUACAGUGACACCUUGCCUGAGAAACUGGUCCAGUUUAUGAAACGUGGAGGCGGCGUGCUCACUGGGGGCCAAGCCUGGUAUUGGGCCAGUCAGCACGGCCGUGACAAGGUGCUGUCCACGUUCCCUGGGAACCAGCUGACCGGCGUGGCAGGCGUGUACUUCACUGACGUCUAUGGUGAUGUAGGCCGUUUCAAGGUCUCUAAGAAGGUGCCAAAGAUUCCACUCCAUGUCAGGUGCGGGGUGGAACUCAGACAGGACCAGCAGCAGCUCUUGGCGGGGAUCUCUGAGCUGGACAUCAAGACAGGGGGGGUCCCCUCACAGCUGCUGGUCCACGGGGCCCUGGCCUUCCCUGUGGGACUCGAUGCCUCCCUCGGCUGCUUCCUGGCAGCUGCCCGCCAUGGCCGUGGGCGAGUGGUCGUGGCUGCUCACGAAGGCCUGCUCUGUGCUCCCAAGAUGAGACCUUUUUUGCUCAAUGCUGUUCACUGGUUGGCCAGAGGCCAGAAGGGCAAAGUUGGGGUGAAUACAAGUCUUACAAAGCUGCACUCAUUGCUUGUGGAGCAGGACCUGGAAUGCACCCUGGAGUCCCAGCUAACCAAAGACCUGUGUGUCUAUUGCUGUGUGGCUUACAGUGACCGGGAGGCCAAGAAGAUCCAUGAGUUUGUGGCUGAGGGCGGGGGGUUGCUGAUAGGUGGGCAGGCCUGGUGGUGGGCUUCCCAGAACCCAGGCCGCAACCCCUUGGCUGGCUUCCCUGGAAAUGUCAUCCUCAACUGCUUUGGCCUCAGCAUCCUACCUCAGACCCUCAGCCCGGGCUGCUUCCCUGCCCCUACUCCAGACAUGCAGAGCUACCACCUCCGCAAGGCGCUGUCUGAGUUCCAGGCAGUGUUGAACCAUGGCGGGGAAACUAUGGAAAAAAGCCAUCUGGCGAAGCUGGGGGUAGAUGGCGCGGCCUUCCUUCAGAUUCCUGCAGAGGGCCUUCCCGCCUAUAUAUCCCUACACAGGCUGCUCAGGAAGAUGCUCACACAGGCUGGCCUCCCAGCUGUGAGCAAGAACAAUCCAGUAGCCAGAGGCUCCCAUGAGGCCACCAUGCUCUGUCUGGCCACAGAGUUGGCACACUCAGGGACUGAUUGCUCCCAGCUGGCUCAGCGCCUUGGCAAUCGGACCUGCUCCUCCACGCUGCCCCCAUCAGACCAUCCCAUCGCCCUGGAGAUCAAUGGAAACAACCCAGGCGACGGUGAAGCCUGGGUGAGCACGGGGCUCUAUGUCCUAGAAGGGCAAAGUGCAGAGGUCUCCUUGCCGGAAGCGGCUGCCUCUGCUGGCCUGAAGGUACAGAUUGGCUGCCACACCGACGACCUGACCAACGCCAGCCAGCUGUCUCGGGCCCCCGUGGUCACUCACCAGUGCUGCAUGGACAGGCCCCAGCGGUCUGUCUCCUGUCUAUGGGGUGGCCUCCUGUACAUCGUCGUGCCCAAGCACAGCCAACUUGGCCUGGUACCCGUCACCAUCAGGAGGGCAGUGCCUGCCCCCUACUACAAGCUGGGUAAGACGACCCGGGAGGAAUGGAGGCGGAAUGUCAAGGAGAAUGCGGCCCCUUGGGGAGAGCUGGCCACAGACAACAUCAUCCUGACAGUGCCAACCACACACCUCCAGGCCCUGGAGGACCCCGAGCCUCUGCUCCGGCUCUGGGAUCAGAUGAUGCAGGCCAUAGCCAGGCUGGCAGCCCAGCCCUUCCCUUUCUGCAGACCUGAGAGGAUUGUGGCUGACGUGCAGAUCUCCGCUGGCUGGAUGCACUCGGGGUACCCCAUCAUGUGCCACCUGGAGUCGGUGCAGGAGCUCCUCCACGAGCCGAGCAUGAAAAGCAGAGGUCUGUGGGGACCCAUCCACGAGUUGGGCCACAACCAGCAGCGCCAUGCGUGGGAGUUCCCCCCGCACACCACCGAGGCCACCUGCAACCUGUGGUCAGUGUACGUGCAUGAGACCGUCCUGGGCAUCCCCCGGGCACUGGCCCACUGCGCCCUGAGACCAGCCGAGAGAGAGAAGAGAAUCAAAGCAUACCGGAGCAAAGGCGCGCCGCUGCAAGACUGGAAUGUGUGGACGGCUUUGGAGACAUACCUGCAGCUCCAGGAGACCUUUGGUUGGGAGCCAUUCACCCAGCUUUUUGCCGACUACCAGACUUUCUCUGGGCUCCCCAAAGACAACACGAGCAAGAUGAAUCUCUGGGUGAAGAAGUUCUCUGAAAAAGUACAGAAGAAUCUGGUCCCCUUCUUUCAAGCCUGGGGCUGGCCUGUGCAGAAGGAAGUGGCCAAUAGUCUGGCCUGCCUGCCUUGUUGGUUGGAGCACCCCAUGACCGUGUACAUGGAUACCAAGGAGUAAAAGACAUGGAGCAGAUAGGGCAGGAGAUGGAAAACGAUCCCACUGUGAUCCGGCCUGCCGCACUCGGUGCCUUGAAGCAUUUCUCUCAGCCGAAUUAAUUGCGUGUCUUGACAGUCAUUCCAUGAGGAAGUCUCAUGAGGACAGCUGAUCUGGAGAAUGUGCUCUUAGGACUCCCCUCAUCUCAUUCUUCUCUACCACAGGG